AUGAGCUACAUCUUAGUUACUGGAGGAGCUGGCUACAUCGGCUCACAUACCGUCAUCGAACUCGUCAACCACGGUUACAAGGUUGUGAUUGUGGACAAUUUGUGUAACUCGAGCUACGAUGCGGUCGCCAGAAUCGAGUACAUUGUCAAACAACAUGUCCCAUUUUUCAACGUCGAUUUGAGAGACUCUGAUGCGUUGGACAAGGUGUUCAAGCAGUACGAUAUCCAGGGAGUCAUCCACUUUGCUGCCUUGAAGGCCGUCGGAGAAUCAACCAAAAUCCCAUUGCAGUACUACGAUAAUAAUAUCGGAGGCACCAUCUCAUUGUUAAAUGUGAUGAAGGCCAACUCCGUCAAGACCGUGGUAUUUUCGUCGUCGGCCACCGUCUACGGCGAUGCUACCCGGUUCGAAAACAUGAUCCCCAUUCCCGAGCACUGUCCUAACGAUCCUACCAAUCCCUACGGGAAAACCAAGUACAUGAUUGAACAGAUCUUGAAAGACAUCCACACCGCCGACAACCAGUGGAGAUCGGCGAUUUUACGGUACUUCAACCCCAUUGGUGCCCAUCCUUCGGGUCUCCUUGGAGAGGAUCCUUUGGGAAUCCCAAAUAAUUUGUUGCCAUACUUGGCCCAGGUCGCAAUCGGCAGAAGAGACAAGUUGUCUAUCUUUGGAAACGACUACGACUCGCACGACGGGACUCCAAUCCGGGACUACAUUCACGUGGUGGACUUGGCCAAGGGCCACAUCUCUGCAUUGAACUACUUGAACAAGUUGGAAACUGGAGAAGGGUUAUUCAGAGAAUGGAACUUGGGAACCGGUAAAGGGUCCACUGUAUUCGAUGUGUACCACGCCUUUUGCAAGGCCGUGGGCCGGGAGUUACCGUACGAGGUAGCAGGAAGACGGGGCGGUGAUGUGUUGAACUUGACCGCCAAUGCCACCCGAGCUAACACUGAAUUGAAGUGGGAGGCAACUCUUUCGGUGGAAGAUGCCUGUAAAGAUUUGUGGAAAUGGACCACCGAGAAUCCAUUUGGAUUCAACAUCGACAACUACAAGUGGCAGGUGUUCAAUGACGACAAGUCCGACUACUCCAACCGGUUGCAUACGGUUUCCUUUGCCAAUGGGUUCAAGGUUUCGUUGGCGAACAGAGGUGCGCUUCUCCAGAGCGUGGUGAAGAACGGGACCUCGGUGGUGUGUGGAUUCCAAGACCCCAGCCGGUACAUUGAAAAGUCCAACCCAUUUUUUGGUACCACUGUUGGAAGAGUUGCCAACCGUAUUGGUGGUGCCAAGUUUGAGUUAAACGGAAACACCUACCAAUUGGCUGCAAACGAGGGUGCGAACACUUUACACGGAGGUUUCCAUGGAUAUGACAAACAAACGUUUUUUGGUCCCGUGGCCAAGCAGGAAAAGAACGGUGAUAAGGUGGUCAACACCUUCUUGUUCAAGUACGAAGACAAGGAUGGAAACAACGGAUUCCCCGGAGAUGUUGAGUGUGUAAUCAAGUACACGGUCGAUGACGAAUCUGUUGGGAUUGAGUUUAUUGGUUCUCAUUUGGAGACUUCUCCUGCUGAAGCCACUGUGAUCAACUUGACCAACCACUCGUACUUCAAUAUUUCGGGAACCGACUCUACUGAUGGUACCGUGGUUAAGGCCAUCACCAACACUCAGUUGGAAGUGGACGACCUGUUGUUGCCAACCGGUAAGUUUGUACCCACCCAUACAGACAUCACCAAACCUACCAAGAUUGGACCUGAUUGUGCUUUUGACUACUGUUUUGUGGUGAACGAGGCUGGAAGUGGUAUUGACACCAGAUCCGACGAAUUGAAGCCAGUUCUUGAAGCCACUCACCCCAAUACCAACAUCAAGCUUGUUGCUGCUACCACCGACCCGGCCUUCCAGUUGUACACGGGAACUGGUAUUGACACUCCUGGGUUCAAGCCUAGAAGUGGUUUUUGUGUUGAAAAUUCCAGAUUUGUGAAUGCCAUCAACGUUCCAGAAUGGAGAAAACAGGUGAUUGUCAAGAGAGGUGAGACUUACGGAUCUAAAGCCAAGUACACCUUUGUUGACGCUUAG